AUCGUCUUCAGUCCUUCUCCCGCUUAUAUACGCAACGGCGACCUCGCCCUCUUCCUUGCUCGUACAAAUCAUCACACGCAGCCACGCAGGUAGAACACAAGCGCCGUGCACGCUUGCGCAAGCCCAAGGAUUGCCGCUCUGCUCUGUCUCCUCCGGUGGCCGCAGGGGCAAUGGCGAUUGGCGGGAAGGAGGUCAAGGAUGACCUGGAGGAGGCGCCGCCGCCGGUCCUGGACGAGGCCAUGCGGCCGCGCCGCGUCGCGCUCUUCGUCGAGCCGUCUCCGUUCGCAUACAUCUCUGGGUAUAAGAACCGGUUCCAGAACUUCAUCAAACAUUUGCGAGAAAUGGGGGACGAGGUCAUUGUUGUGACCAAUCAUGAGGGAGUUCCCCAAGAGUUCCAUGGCGCCAAGGUUAUAGGUUCAUGGAGCUUCCCAUGCCCCAUGUAUGGAAAAGUACCUCUUUCGCUGGCACUCAGUCCUAGGAUCAUUUCGGAGGUUGCGAAGUUCAAACCUGACAUUAUUCAUGCGUCUUCUCCUGGAAUUAUGGUUUUUGGAGCUCUAGCUAUUGCCAAGCUACUCGGUGUGCCCCUAGUCAUGUCCUAUCACACCCAUGUUCCAGUAUACAUACCUAGAUAUACAUUUAGCUGGCUUGUGGAGCCAAUGUGGCAAGUCAUAAGAUUCCUUCAUAGAGCUGCUGAUUUAACUUUAGUACCAUCUGCUGCUAUCAGCAAAGAUUUUGAAACUGCCCAGGUCAUAUCAGCUAAUAGAAUACGCCUUUGGAACAAAGGUGUUGAUUCUGCAAGCUUCCAUCCUAGAUUCCGCAGUCAUGAGAUGCGAGUCAGGCUAAGUGACGGUGAGCCUGAAAAACCACUGGUAAUUCAUGUCGGACGUUUUGGGCGUGAGAAAAGUUUGGAUUUUUUGAAGAUGGUAAUGGAAAGGUUGCCUGGAGUAAGAAUUGCAUUUAUUGGAGAUGGACCAUAUAGGGGUGAACUAGAGAAGAUGUUUGAAGGAAUGCCAGCAGUGUUCACAGGAAUGAUGCAGGGUGAAGAGCUCUCGCAGGCGUACGCCAGCGGCGAUGUUUUCAUCAUGCCAUCGGAGUCAGAAACGCUCGGCCAAGUGGUCCUAGAGUCCAUGUCGUCGGGGGUGCCCGUCGUCGCGGCCCGUGCAGGCGGGAUCCCCGACAUAAUCCCGGAGGACCAGGAGGGCAGGACGAGCUUCCUGUUCACCCCUGGUGACCUGGACGACUGCCUCGGCAAGGUCCAGCAGCUGCUGACGAACAGGGAGUUUAGAGAAAACAUGGGGCGGACGGCCAGAUCCGAGAUGGAGAAGUGCGACUGGCGGGCAGCGUCCAAGACGAUCCGCAACGAGUUCUACAAUGCUGCUAUCUGGUACUGGCGAAAGAAGCAUGCGGAGCUGGUGAAGCCGCUGCAGUGGCUGGCACAGAUGUUCCUGCCGGCGCCUGAGGUCCGCAGCAUCAUGCAAUGCUGAGUGAGGAUGCUGUUGCUUGCAGACAUGAUCCAGACAAUUGAUGGACGGAUGGGCAGAUGCAUAUGCACUCCUUGUAAAUUGAAAUUGUAUGAUGUAUAGUGCUGUGUCGAUAGGUGAGAUAGUUCCCCGUUUUUGUAUGGAAACUGGUAUUGGACUGUGAUUGGUGUGGCAAUUCCAUCGAUUACAUGUGUCUUGUGUAGCAAAACAAAAUUGGAAUUGUGCUAUAUCUUGCUGGACAUUGUAACCUGUAAAUUAUGAUCAUGCCAUUUUAUUUAAC